AAACAUUUCUCAGAAGCAGAGCAGCAGAGCGACAGUGUCGGUGCUGGAUGUGAAGAUGGGGCACACUUUGCUCUGUGUGCUGGGGUUACUCUUGCUGAAUACACUCCCCUACGGACAUGCUGAAGCAGAUAAACGUCAGGUCACACUGACAGCAGAUAAGACAAUCAUACCACCAGGGGGCAGUGUGACACUGACAUGCUCUGUGGAGAAUCCUGCUGGCUUCAAAUAUCAAUGGUUCAGACAGACGUCAGACACUUCUGCAAAAACUUCUCUUCAGACUGAAAACUUUGAUGACUCACACACAGUUAUCACACAUGGAGGCAGAUACACCUGCAGAGGAUGGAGAAGGGAACCAGAAGUCCUCACACCUGAAAGUGAUCCAGUCACCAUUCAGGAAACUGUUUCCAACAGGGCCAGUUUGACCCUUCAACCCAGCUGGCCUCAGAUAUUCAGGGGUGAGACGAUCACUAUAAGAUGUGAGAUUGAUGGAGGUGGAGACACUCAGUGGACGUAUGAAUGGGAACCAACCAGCUCAAACACACAGUCUCCAACACACAGUGAAUACAGGAUUAUCAGUGCUACUGAGUCCCACAGUGGAGACUACAGGUGUAAGGGUAGAAAGGACUCAUAUUCCUCAACAGAGUGGAGUGACUACAUCAGACUGACUGUAUCAUCACAAACACCAAAGGCCCAACUGAGAGCUGAUGACACAGACAUUCCUGUAGGGGGCAGUGUGACCCUGACCUGCUCUGUGAACCCAUCAUCAUCUGGUUGGAAAUACUUCUGGUACAGAGGAGAGAAAACCUCUGAACCUCUGACCACACCAGAUGUUGUCUUCCUCUCAACUGGACAAAUCAGAGUCUCACAGGGAGGACUCUACUGGUGCAGAGGAGGAAGAGGAGACCCAGUUUACUACACAGAGUACAGUGAUCCAAUCAGUAUCAACAAAAUUAUUGCAAACAAGGCUGUAGUGACUCUGCAACCAAACUGGUCUGAAAUAUACAGAGGAGAGAAGAUCACUCUCAGAUGUGAGAUCAAGGACGGAGGAGACACUGAGUGGACGUAUGAAUGGAAACCACCCAGAUCAAAAAAACUUCAAACAAACAAUGAAUACAGCAUUAGCAGAGCUCAGUGGUCCCACAGUGGAGAGUACAGCUGUAAGGGCAGGAGGGACUCAUAUUCCUCAACAGACUGGAGUGACUACAUCAGACUGACUGUAUCAUCACAAACACCAAAGGCCCAUCUGAGAGCUGAUGACACAGACAUUCCUGUAGGGGUCAGUGUGACACUGACCUGCUCUGUGAACCCAUCAUCAUCUGGUUGGAAAUACUUCUGGUACAGAGGAGAGAAAACCUCUGAACCUCUGACCACACCAGAUGUUGUCUUCCUCUCAACUGGACAAAUCAGAGUCUCACAGGGAGGACUCUACUGGUGCAGAGGAGGAAGAGGAGUCCCAGUUUACUACACAGACUACAGUGAUUCAAUCAGUAUCAACACAAUUACUGCAAACAAGGCUGUUGUGACUCUGCAACCAAACUGGUCUGAAAUAUACAGAGGAGAGAAGAUCACUCUCAGAUGUGAGAUCAAGGACAGAGCAGACACUGAGUGGACGUAUGAAUGGAAAACAACCAGCUCAGAAAAACCUUCAAAUCAAAAUGAACACAGUAUUUGGUUUGCUACUGUAUCCCACAGUGGAGAGUACAGCUGUAAGGGUAGGAGGGACUCAUAUUACUCAACAGACUGGAGUGACUACACCAGACUGACUGUAUCAUCACAAACACCAAAGGCCCAUCUGAGAGCUGAUGACACAGACAUUCCUGUAGGGGUCAGUGUGACACUGACCUGCUCUGUGAACCCAUCAUCAUCUGGUUGGAAAUACUUCUGGUACAGAGGAGAGAAAACCUCUGAACCUCUGACCACACCAGAUGUUGUCUUCCUCUCAGCUGGACAAAUCAGUGUCUCACAGGGAGGACUCUACUGGUGCAGAGGAGGAAGAGGAGACCCAGUUUACUACACAGAGUACAGUGAUCCAAUCAGAAUCAACAAAAUUAUUGCAAACAAGGCUGUUGUGACUCUGCAACCGAACUGGUCUGAAAUACACAGCGCAGAGAAAAUCUCUCUCAGAUGUGAGAUCAAGGACGGAGGAGACACUGAGUGGAUGUAUGAAUGGAAAACAAACAGCUCAGAAAAACCUUUACAUCAAAAUGAACACAGUAUUUGGUCUGCUACUGUAUCCCACAGUGGAGAGUACAGCUGUAAGGGCAGAAUGAAACAUGCUCAACAGUCUUCAACAGAGUGGAGUGAUCCCAUCAAAUUGACAGUAUUAGACAAACCUCAGUCUGUCCUCACUGUGUCUCCAUUAUGGCUGAGUCCUGGAGACUCUGUAACUCUGAACUGCAGUAUUAAAGAUCCAUCUGCAGGAUGGAGGUUCUACUGGUAUAAGGCUGUUCCUGAUCUAUCAUACUACUAUAGCUCUGAGCUGCUACCUGGCAGCAGCAAUGGGACUGAACAGGAUUCCUACAUCGUACAUGGACCGACACACACAGCAGGAUAUAAGUGCAGAGCUGGAAGAGGAGAUCCAGUGUAUUACACUGACUAUAGUGAACCCAAGUUUGUGUGGUCUGGAGAUUUUCAUCCAUCAGCGUCUCUCACAGUGAGUCCUGACAGAGUGCAACACUUCACCUCUGACUCUGUCUCAGUGAACUGUGAGGGAAACUCUACUGAGUGGAGAGUGAGGAGGUUUCCUGAGAACAGAUACCGGCCAUACUGCUCCUCCUGGGGGAGAAUGACUGGAUCCACAUGCAACAUAGAGAGCUACUGGCAGAGUGAUGCAGUGUACUGGUGUGAGUCUGGAUCAGGAGAGUUCAGCAACACCGUCAACAUCACUAUACAGAAAACAGAUAUUAUCCUGGUGAGCCCUGUCCAUCCUGUGACUGAGGGAGAUUCUGUUAGUCUGAGCUGCAGAUUGAGAAGACAAACAAAUGAGUCCAAUGUGUUUUUCUAUCGAAAUGAGAAACUCAUUCAAAAUGAUACCAGAAGGGAGCUGAAUAUCUCUGCAGUGUCAAAGUCAGAUGAGGGUUUCUACAAGUGUCAAUACUCACAACAAGUGUCAGCACAGAGUUGGAUGUCAAUUAAUGCAGUGUCCAGGCCUGAAAGCUCUUCCUCUCCUGUACCGUUGAUUGUUGGGCUGGUUUGUGGAAUCAUACUCAUCAUUCUUCUGCUCCUGUUGUAUCGCUACAGACCGUCCAAAGGUUCAUGGUUUAUCAGGUCAAACCAGUCUGAGGGCAUCAAUCAGGACUCUAACACAAAUCAUGUGGUCAACCAGAAUGAAGCUCAACGUCAUGACUACUCCACUCAUCUCCAUGGUGAUGCUCCUCUGUAUGAAUCAAUCAAAGGCUCUGAGGACACUGGAAACGGUGCAGGUGGAUCCCAGGAUGUCACUUAUUCUUUGAUUGAACUUAAAAACUUUGGAAAGAAGAGGAAGCAAAAGAAACCAGAGGGGAGCGCUAUUUACUCUGAUGUGAAAACAGCAACUGCAGGAAAAUCACCUCCUGCAGCAACUGCUGACGCUGUAUAUGCUGAACUUAAACCAGGAACAGCUCUCGGUAAUAAUGCUGCCAUCUGAUGUGCUUACUGUAAUGACUUAUUCUACAGAUAAUUAAAUGGGUGAAAGCGAGAAUAACAUGUCAGGACAUAUUUUGUACAGUUAAUUUCAGCAGAUUAUAUAAAUGAAUUACAUCAUAUGGAUUUAGUUACUACUUUUAGCAUAAAGCAUAAGCAUUUAGAUGUUUUACAGUUAUGUAUAAAGUUUUUGUGGGAAACUGAAUGCAAGCUGUUCCAACAUAUAUGCGGUAUAUUUAAGCUUUAGUAUCCAGGUGAUAGUACAGCUUUAAAGUCAGCAUCUUCUUCAGUGUUGGAUGAGAAAGAUCCAGGAUGACCAAAAACAGUUAUUUAUGUAAUUAUCUGUAUUGGACAAUAUAUCUCUGCCCAUUUUUGGAUGAGCCGGGAGCUGGUGGAGUCAGGACUGCCAGAGCCGACCUCAAUGAGCUUCACAACGGCUCUUCAGAAACCUAUGGGUGCCGUCACAAAGACUAUGUAACUGCUAUUUUUAAUUAUACAAUCUAUGGUUUUCUUCUGUCUAUUUACAUAUAUAUUCAUUGCAACUGUGUGUAACAAAUGUUAUAGCUUUUGUACUCUUAAAACCAUUUUGACACAUUAAUAAACUAUUUUUCCAGCA